CUCUCUCCCUCCCUGUCUCUUGCUUGCUCUUUCUUUUCCUCCCCUGCAUGUGUUCAGCUGCUCCAGCUGUCGGUCUCCCCACUCUCUCUCUCCCUCUCUGCCUGUCUCUCUCCCCGGGAGGAUCCCAGAGCCCAGGCUGCAGGGACCGCUGCUCCACUUGAGCUCAUCAGGGACGCUGCGCCGCAACACACUCAGCCCACAGAGCCGUAGAGUUGAAAUCCCGACCCCCCCCCUUGGCAGCUCCUCACACCCAUCCGGCCCCCCUCCUUUACAACCCCGGGCACAGCCUUCACCACCUCCACCUCUCUGACAGCAGUGUGCCAGUUUGAGUGUGCGCGCGUGUGUGUGUCUUUAGAGUGUGUGCACGCGUGCGUGUGUGUGUGUGUGAACGUGGGUCUCGUGUGUGUGUGUCAGUGUGUUUGUCUUGUGUCUAGCUGUGUCCCUACUCUUACUUAGUGUGUGUCUUUUAGAUUGCGAGCAUGAAGAGUGGUUGUGUGACUGUUUUGUGUGUGUGCGCUUGUGUGUCUGUGCUUGUUCGAAGCACCAUUUCAGAGCCUGUAACGGAAAGUCAUACCUAUACGGAAUGCACAGAUGGGUACCAGUGGGAUCCUCAGACCCAGCACUGCAAAGACGUAAACGAGUGUGAGACGAUCGCCGACGCCUGCAAAGGAGAGAUGAAGUGCUUCAACCACUACGGGGGCUACCUGUGUCUGCCCCGCUCGGCCUCCGUCAUCCCCGCCCCCGAGCCCGCCCACACCCCCACCGUGCCGGAGCCCUUCAACCCCUGCCCCCUGGGCUACGAGCCCCAGGGAGACAGCUGUGUGGAUGUGGACGAGUGUGAGCGUGACGAACAUGACUGUCAGCCCAGCCAGCAGUGCAUCAACACUCAGGGGGCGUUCACUUGCCAGUGUCCUGACGGCUACCGCAAAGUUGGGACGGAGUGCAUCGACAUCGACGAGUGCAGGUACCGGUACUGCCAGCACCACUGUGUCAACGUCCCCGGAUCCUUCUCCUGCCAAUGUGAGCCCGGCUUCCAACUGGCCGGGAACAACCGCUCCUGUAUAGAUGUGAACGAGUGUGAGAUGGGUGCACCCUGCACCCAGCGGUGUUACAACACCUACGGGACCUUCAUGUGUCGCUGCGACCAGGGCUACGAGCUCGGCCCCGACGGCUUCACCUGCAACGACCUAGACGAGUGCAGCUAUUCCAUUUACCACUGCCAGCAUCAGUGCGUCAACCAACCAGGAAAGUUCUACUGUGAAUGCCCAGAAGGGUACCAGCUGCUGGGCACUCGGCUGUGCCAGGAUGUGAACGAGUGUGAGACGGGUGAGCACCAGUGCACCGAGUCGCAGAUGUGCGUCAACAUCCACGGGCGCUACCAGUGCGUGGACACCAACCGAUGCCAGGAGCCGUACGUGCAACUAUCGGACAACCGUUGCAUCUGCCCCGCGACAAAACCGGCGUGCCGCGACCUGCCAUACUCCAUCGUCAACCGCUACAUGAGCAUCACCUCGGAGCGCUCCGUGCCCUCGGACAUCUUCCAGAUCCAGGCCACCAGCCUGUCGUCAGGCGCCUACAAUACCUUCCGCAUCCGCUCCGGGGACGACAACUCCGACUUCUACAUCAGGCAAAUCAACAACAUCAGCGCCAUGCUGGUGCUGGCGCGCGCCGUCACGGGCCCCAAGGAGUACACCCUGGACCUGGAGAUGCUGUCCGUCAACCCGCUGCUCAGCUACCAGACCAGCUCCGUCCUGCGGCUCUCCGUCUACGUGGGGCCCCACACCUUCUAGAGGGAGGGGGGCCGAGCUGGAGGACUCCCCCAGCCCUCCGCCCACUCCCUCCCAUCCCUCAUGGUAGUGUGGGGUGGUGGUGGUGGUGGUGGUGAAGGAAGUGGGAAGAAGAACGAAAAGGCAGAAAUAAACGAUGAACGAUGAUGAUGAUGAUGAUGAUGAUGAUGAUGAUGAUAAAGAUGGCGAGAUGUGGAACAUGGAGCAGGUUUACAGAGCAGGCCGGUUUGGGAGGACCAGAUGAUGAAGCGGUUCUACGUCCUCCGUGUUUUUUCCAGCGGCGCCUGGUUCUCGUGGUGGAACACACCCGCAGCCUUUACGUAACCGUUGUCUGACCCACAGCGCAAACUGGUAGGAAACAUGAAGAAGGUGUAAUGGCGUUCCCCCGUCCACGUCGGGUAACAGCUAGCUCCGCCGCGAACCCCUUGUUCGCUAAUUGUAUGUAUUUUUGUCUAUUUCUUAUCUUCCCUAUCUCUGAGGAUAUACGUUUUAUUUCGUGUCACUGUUUUGUUGCUGUUGUAUCAUUUGUUUUUGAGGUUAAUACUGUGCAUCCGUCUGAAAACAUUGUUCUGUGGUUUAAUACACGUAAUAGCAAAACACUUUUUUCCUCUUUUUUUGUGUGAGCAAAAAUGUGUGAAGGUAGGGGUCGACCCUAACGUUGUCUCAUCCAUAAACACUUUUGUAUUCCUGUCGGCACGCCUAUCGGUUAUCCCCUCUCAUUUAUUACGCACACUGCUUCAUCCGACAGUCAAACUUGAAGUUAAAGUUGAUCUUUGUGAAGAUAGACGCGAGACAAUAACCACUCUGAUCAGAAGCCAGCUUACCGUCCCGUUCCUCAUCAACCCGAGGCACGGAGCCGCCAGCCACACACACUUUGAGUGUCGUUCAUGUUGAUGUGCUUGUUGUUUUUUUCAAAGAUUUGAACCAAAUUAAAACAGUAUACAUUUCCACA